UCCGAGAUUUCCCUGACCCUCCGUGGAACAAAAGUGCUGUUCCCCUCAGGCUUCAGGGCGUCACCUCUAAUUCUGAGCAGGACCUACCGACCUGGGGCUGGCAGUGCGUGGGUGUGAGCGGGGCGGGCAGGGUGCCUCUUGCUAGCUGCCCGCGGGCCAGGGGUGCAGAAUUCAAUCCCCGUGGGACUCGGGUUUGGCCUCACCCGCGCGCGGCGGAUUGGCUGCCUCGGCUCGCCCCCGCCCUCCGUACCCCCGCGUCCCAGGUGGCCCAGGCCCCCUGUGGUGAUCUGUUUACCGGGAAAGCCGGUCCAGGUUGGGCUCCACUUCAGUAUUCGCUCCAACUCUGGGACCCCGGCCUCGCCGGAAGCGGGCUGAACACCCAGCCGAGCGUCUCCUCGCCCUUCCCCUGCCCCAACGCCCGGAGAAGUCGGACGGCGAUGGCCCCCAAGCCGGCCGGCCCCCCGGACGGGGGCUGGGGCUGGGUGGUGGCGGCCUCGGCCUUCGCGGUGAACGGGCUGUCCUACGGGGUCCUGCGCUCUCUGGGCCUGGUUUUCCCUGACCUCGCAGAGCACUUUGACCGAAAUGCCCAGGACACUGCGUGGGUCUGCGCCCUGGCACUGGCCGUGCAGCAGGCAGCCAGCCCAGUGGGCAGUGCUCUGAGCACUCGCUGGGGGUCGCGCCCGGUGGUGAUGGUUGGGGGUGUUCUCACCUCGCUCGGCUUCGUCUUCUCGGCUUUCGCCAGCAGUAUGCUGCAUCUCUUCCUUGGCCUGGGCCUCCUUGCUGGCUCCGGCUGGGCCCUGGUGUUCGCCCCCGCCCUCGGCACCCUCUCACGUUACUUCUCCAGCCGUCGAGUGUUGGCCGUGGGUCUAGCACUCACGGGCAACGGGGUCUCCUCGCUACUCCUGGCGCCCGCCUUGCAGCUCCUCCUCGACACUUUCGGCUGGAGAGGCGCCCUGCUCCUCCUCGGCGCCAUCACCCUCCACCUCACCCCCUGCGGAGCCCUGCUGCGGCCCCUGGCUCUGCCUGGCGACCCCGCCGCCCCGCCCCGAGGGCCCCUGGCUGCUCUCGGCCUGGGUCUCUUCACACGCCGGGCCUUCUUGGUUUUCGCUCUGGGCACCGCCCUGGUGGGGGGCGGGUACUUCGUCCCCUAUGUGCACUUGGCCCCUCACGCUUUAGACCGGGGCCUGGGGGGUUACGGGGCUGCGCUGGUAGUGGCAGUGGCUGCCGUGGGGGAUGCGGGCGCCCGGCUGGUCUGCGGGUGGCUGGCAGACCAGGGCUGGGUGCCCCUCCCGCGGCUGCUGGCAGUGUUCGGGGGUCUGACGGGCCUGGGGCUACUGGCAGUGGGGCUGGUGCCCGUGAUGGGGAGCAAGGAGAGCUGGGAGGGGCCCUUGCUGGUGGCGGCUGGGGCGUACGGCCUGAGCGCCGGGAGUUACGCCCCGCUGGUUUUCGGUGUUCUCCCGGGGCUUGUGGGCAUCGCAGGCGUGGUCCAGGCCACCGGGCUGGUGAUGAUGCUGAUGAGCCUCGGGGCGCUUAUAGGCCCUCCCCUGUCAGGCUUCCUGCGGGAUGAGACUGGUGACUUCACGGCUUCCUUCCUCGUGUGCGGCUCCUUCAUCCUGUCUGGCAGCUUCGUCUAUAUGGGUCUGCCAGGAGCGCUGCCCCACUGCCGGCCAGCCUCCCGCCCCACCAUGCCUCCCGCUGAGAGGGGGGAGCAGCUCCCCACCCCCCAGGUGGCCCUGCUCUCUCCGGAAGGCCCUCGACCUGCACUGGACACCACUUGUUGACCAUUUUCUCGCAGGAACUCCGGCCCCAAUAAAGAAUUUCUAUCGGG